AGGGCCACGCUGCGCUUGCGCGGCCGCAGACAAUAGCGCUGCCCGCACCCCGGGCGCCCCCUGAGCGGGCGAUGGCCGGAGAGAACGAAGAUGCAAAGUGUAAGAGGAACUGAAGAAAAUAUAGGACUUCUACAAAUAAACUUUUAUGUUGCGGCUGCUUUAUGCGACUCCAAAAAUAAAGCAGGAGAGAUGUGAAGGCAAAGUCACCUUAGGAAAAAUGAGCAUGUGGCCCAGUUACCAUCUCUCCAAGUUAGCUGUGACACUGAACCAGCUAAGAGUUACACUCUAAAUGGCAAUUCUGUUGUUUUGGAUGGUUGGUUCCUUUGCUAAACUCUCCGUUAGCUUCCAGAGUAUUUUCUAUGGCAUUUCCGAGUUCAUGAAUGAGAACGUGCUACUGAAAGCAUCCAUCAACUGAAAUAUGCCUUGGCAAAGGGUGAGGAUGACGUUGGAUUUGACCAGUCCUCUGUGGACGAGGGCACUGAUGAUGCGGAUGAGGAAAAUGAUGACUGUGGGAAUGUGGCCAGGCAGGAACUGCAGCACAGUCAUGCAGUUAAUCAACUUAAAAUUUUGCUGCAACAUCAAGAGAGAAUGGAAAGUGAAGCCCCUCCAUCAAGAAGGAAGUCAUCAUUCUGUAAACCCCCAGAAGCUGUACCUGGAGACUCACCAGCCCUUUCUGAUCUCAUUCCUAUAAUCAAUGAUCAAUCACAGUACAUUAACCAUUUGGAAACAGAAGUGAAGUUUUGCAAGGAGGAGUUGUCUGGGAUGAAAGAUCGAGUACAAGCAGUUGUACUUGAAAAUGAGGAACUCCAUCAGAAACUGAAAUUCUUAACUGCAGAAUACACAUUGAGAGAACAAACUCUUCUAGAUGCCUCGGCAGAUACUCAGAACUCCUGGCCUGGAGGUGGUAAAGACUUUAGCAUGCGUCAGCCUGUCUCCUCAUCACCAGCAUGUAACAAAGAUCAGGCUUUUGUUACAGCAGCUGCUGAAGGCAUAGAAAAAUGGCCUGUAGAACUGGAGAAUCUAAAACUUCUUUAUCAAGAAAAAGUCAAUAUCCUUGAUGCUCAAAUACAGUCUCUAAGAAAAGACCUUUCAGAAUCUCAGAAGACAUGCAAAGAUUUGGAAGGAAGGCUGAAACAGCAGAAAUCACUUGUUUCAGCUGCCAAUUGUAGUCGGGUUGGUGGAAUGUGCCUGAAAUGCGCACAGCACGAGGCAGUUCUUGCACAGACUCAUUGUAAUGUUCAUGUGCAGACCAUUGAAAGGCUAACAAAGGAAAGAGAUGACUUGAUGGAUGCACUUGUUUCACUGCGACAAAACAUGAAAGAGAUGCAGCAAAGAGAAUCUGAUGCUUGUAAGCAAGUUGAACAUGCUGUGCAAAUGGCAGAAGAGGCCAAUUUGGAAAAAAUAAAGGCUCUAGUCCACUGUGAGCAACUGAAAAGUGAGGUGGAACGGCAGAAGAACUGUCUUGAAAGGGAGCUGGCUGCCCAGCUAAAUGAGAGGGCUAAUGAAAAAGAAGCAGUGCGGGAAGAAAUGAAGAAAGAAAGGGAGGACUUGGCAGCAAUGGUGACAGCCUUGUCCGAGAAUGUGGCCAUUUUGGAGGCUCAAAUAAAGAAAACUACGAGUGAAAAGAACUCUCUAGUUAACCAGUUAGAACAAUCACAGGAUCAGCUUGCAUCUCAUGAAAUGGAGAUGAAUAAGGUGUGUGGAGAAAUGCGCUAUCAGUUGAAUCAAACCAAAAUGAAGAAGGAUGAGGCAGAAAAGGAGCUCAGAGAGUACAGAACAAAAACUAUAAGGGAGCUUGAAAUUAAGGACCAGAAAAUAGAAAAACUGGGAUUAGAGCUGAAUGGAAGCAAACAGCGUUUGGAACAAGCCCAGCAGGAUGUGACAGGAGCCAGAGAGGAGUGCCUAAAACUGGCAGAACUGCUGAGUAAAUCUGAACACCAACUGCACCUCACCAGAUUGGAGAAAGAGAGCAUUCAGCACAGCAUUAGCAAUGAAGCAAAGGCCCGAGCCCUUCAGGCCCAGCAAAGAGAGCAGGAGCUGACACAGAAGAUGCAGCAAAUGGAGGCCCAGCAUGAGAAAACUGUAGAAGAACUGGAUUCAUUGCUGACUUCCCAGAAUACAUUCAUAGCAAAAUUGAAGGAAGAAUGUUGUAUGUUGGCAAGGAAGUUGGAACAAAUGUCAGAAAAAUACAGGUAUUACACAUCAUAUCAAUGUAAUACAUGCCCUUUAAGCAGUGGCCCUUUAAGUGGCUGAAGCUGGGAGAUGAAUCCCAUCCAGAGUGUUUGGGGAAGAAAUGAGAAACUUGCUGAACUGUAGGCAGUCUUCCCUUGCAAAUGUUGUGAUGGGUACUUGAGAGAGAAGAAAACAGAAUUUUUCUUCUGAAAAAGCAGAGCUCUUCUGCUAAAGUAAUGCAAAAUCUAAAUAGAUUCAAAUCAUAUUAUUAUUCCAGCAAUAAAAAUGCACACAGACUUUGUUGCUAGAGCUCACAGUCACAGACUAGUAACUGUAAAGGAUGAAGGAAAGACAGAAAACAUACUGUGAAAACACAUUAUUCUCUGAAAAUAAAUACUAGAGAUUGCCAAGUGUUUCUCCACCUAGCAGCAUUAGCUGACUAUGUCAGGAACCUGAAAAAGGGAAAAGGAGCCCUCUUGCAUCUCCAGAAAGUGGUAUAUUUUACACAAGAAACUGUAAGGAAGAAUACAUGAAAGUCGUUCUGAGAAGUGGCCCUAAAAUAGCUUGAACUUGCCUUCAUUGGAGCUGGAGCUGCUGCAGUCAGUAACAAGAAUGGAGAAAUGGGUAGGGACGAAGAAAGAAUGUAAAAAUGAGAAGCGAAAGGUAGAACUGGAGAUGGUGGGAAGUGAGUCUAAUACAGAUGACUGCAGAGAGUGAUAUGAUCAGGUGCAGAAAAUUACUUUGGCCAAGUUUUAAGUGCGUGAUCAGCAUGUAUCUUUCAGUAGCACCUCUCCAAAAGGCAAUCUUUGUUCUCAUUGUCACUGCAUAUAGUGUAAAACUACAAUUCUGGGACAGAAUGCUGUAGGUUUGUCUUCUGAAAAAAAAAUAGUAAUUUGGGGAAGAUUUUAUAACUUAUUUCUUAAGUAUAUUAAUAAAAGCAGAUCACGAAGCAGCAGUGUGCCCAAUUUGCAUAGAAAAUAUAUUUUCCAUUUUUGGGUUUUUACAUAUUUUUGACCUUACCAUAAACUGAAUUUUGGACCUGGAUGUGUAUUUUCUUGCUAUACUUGUAGAAUCUUUGUGCCUUAGUUUCCGUGGGUUUAAGAAAUAACUGGUAUACUACCAGU